ACUUUUUCAUCAAAAGGCGCGUUAAAAUCAUCUGUUAUGGAUGGAACUGUCAUAAUAAAUCUAAAAUACCAAAUUUAAUGUUACUUUGCGGUUGGUUUUUAUGCAGGUAAAUCCCUGAAAUAACAGAAUAAUGUCUUGCAUCAAGUACGCCAGCAAAAAUUACAUUGAUUUUCGAAUCCACAUUUUGCUAGUUGGAAAGAAAGAGCUUUGCGAAAAUGUGAGGGAGGCAAUGAUCGAAAUGAGUAAUAAAAUUGGCGACGUCUUUGAAAUUCAUUUGGUGCAAAAUAUCGCCGUCCUGAUUCAGCAAGAGAUCGAUCUGAGCUUUGACUACAUCAUUUUGGUGCAUGAUUUAAGAGAUCGGUUCUUGAAUAUUAUCUCGGACAUAUUUGAAACUCAACUGAGUUUAAUAGACCAACACUACCGAUUGGGAUCAAAAGUGGCGUUAGUUUUGCCCGUUGAACUGCAAUCUUCAAAUAGUUCCGUAAGCUACGAAGCUGUUUUCCAGAGUGCAGCAAAGCAUGGUUUGCCAGUAAUCAGAGGCAACCUAAGCAACAUUUCAUCCAGAGAAUUUAUGGGAGAGCAAAUUAUCGAACUUGUUUCAACAGCCAACGGUCUUUGGUCAUCAUUUGGAUUCCCUACACUUGUGCCUCCUGAUCCUCCUCUUUAAAGAAAUAGAAAACAAUUAUUCAAUAUUAAUUUAAAAAAUAUUAACGUUUAAUAAAGAUUCAAUUAUC